UUUAUUACCUAGAGAAUGUCUGAUUUCAUUUUGAUCCAUUAUAGAAAUAGGCUAUUUUAUCUGGGUCAUGUACACUUCCAAAAGAGGUCGCUGAGAGCACCUGUUCUCCUGACGUCAGGGUGCGGGUAAGGUGGGCAGUUUGUGUUGCGCAUGGAGUCCAGAAAUGUUGGAACGGCUAUCUGACAUAAAAUACGCCACCUGCGUCAGCCAUGGAGAAACAGAAAGAGUGGUGGCUGAACCCUCUGGCAGAUGACAUCCAUACUUUUUUCCUGGCACAAGAAAAGAACAUUCCACUCUUCAAGGCGCAGUCUCCACAGCUGCAUCUCCGGCGUUUUCUUGUGGACUGGCUAGCUGUUGUGUGUGAUCAGGUGGAGAUCUGCUUGACAGCACGCCACCUAGCGGUAUACUUUAUGGACUAUUUCAUGGACAAUUAUGAUAUUGAUGAGACACAGCUCCAUCUCGUGGCCAUUGGAUGUCUGCUUGUUGCAUCUAAGUAUGAGGAACAAGAAAGCAAAAUCCCCCGUGCUGUUCAGUUAAACAAGUUUGUCAGUAACUGCCAGGGAGGCUAUCCACUGCACAUGUACCUACAGAUGGAGCUGACAUUACUACAGUUCUUCCAUUGGAAUGUUUCCAUGACAACAGCAGCACAUUUGAUUGAUUACUACAUGAAAUUUAGUGUUGAAGAGACUGAUUACCAUGGUGACAGAUUGAUAUUGUGUUUGGCCAAAGCUCAGGAAUACGUCCUCAAAUAUGCAAAUUAUUUUCUUGAGAUUUCAUUACAAGAUUACAAGUUCCGUUAUUCCCUCCCUUCGAAUGUGGCAUCUGCUUGCAUAGCAGCGUCAAGAAUUUGUCUUCACUUGUCACCUACAUGGACAGUGCAUUUACAGAAAGUGACAGGAUAUUGCUUAGAGAAAAUAAUGCCUUGUGUGGAGCUUAUGCUGAAAGCCCACCAGGUUGAUGAGUUGGCCAUGAAUAAUCCGCGGCUGGAUGGAUCUGCUUCAGAUAAGACUAGUGUAGUGCUGAACAGUCCACACAACAAGUCUGUUUGCUCCUUGUCUUCCAAUGCUUCAACACCAUCACCAUACAUGAUGCAAGUGCGACCAGCAUCCUAAGUACAGUGUCAGUCAAAGAAGCAUGUCUUGCAGUCAUGUUGGCUCAUUUAUUCUGAUGCCAGGGCAGAGACUAUGUGCUAACUGGUGAAUUAACAAAUUAAUGUGGAAAUGUUGAGCUGAAGGUGACGGCAUCCUUGCUUGGCUUUAAAUGCAGAUUUUUAGUGUCAUGCCAGGCUUACUAGCAUGGGUGCUGAAUAUUGGAACUUAACUAGCAUAGCUAGCAAAUGUUUGUUCGGACUACUUCAUUUUCAAUGAGACUGUUUCACGUAGUGAAUCUUGAUCGGUUUUCUUUAGUAAAUUAUUUUUUGCUUUUGAAUAAGUUGCUUUAUAUGAACUGCAAUAUAGAAUUUUUGUUGUGAUAUCAGUUGCAUCUUUACUGUCAGUAUUAACGAUGUGUUCUUUAAGUAUUUACAGUUCAAGGAAGUUUAUCUGCAUAUCUUGGUAAAGUUGUAUCAACUGCUGUAAUUGGAAAGAGUGCUGCUUAGCAAAUAGAUUUAAUUUACAGAUUGUAUGGAUAUGGUCCAAACAAAUCAACCACAUAUGCAUACAAAACUUGCUCUUCAGAAUUGCAUGGUAGCAGGUUUUGUAUUUUUGAAUGCGCAGAGGACGGUUCAUUUUCCGUUCCAAAAAAAAACUUUUAUGAGAUAGUAAUCAAGUGCAAUUACAUUUUUUUAAUACAAAAUGUGUUAUUAUUUAGUGUCAGUUUUUACUGUGCACAUGUACAGAAUAAACCAUAAAUAUAAAGUUACAUAGCAGUUUCCAUAUCAACUUGGGCUGUAUCAAGGGAAUGUGAUUAUGCAGUUGAUGGAUGGUAGAAGCUGAUAUAAAAUUGUCAUUUUUUCUUGUUAUGUUAUCGUUAUAAUAUGCGUUUUUCUUUAGUGAAUGAACUUCUGAUGAAAACUCAGUGUUUUCUUUUAAUGUUAACGCAUGGUUAGUGAAUUCAAUUCGGUCUGGAAAUAAUUUUAAGUAGUGAGAAAACAUUCAAAAGUGAUGUGCUUUCCUCCCAACUCGUAAAAGGAAGAAACCGAAUAUUGCUGGAUAAUUUUAGUUUUCUUCAGUAAACGAAUUCUGUGCGCUUACAGUUCACUUACUUUCCUCGUAGUCUGCCAAUGCGAUUAAAAUAAUCAUUUAAUGUUUCAAGGGAAAAGGAAUGGCCAAAAAUCCGGAGUAGGCCUAGUUGUGGUCGAAUAGCUGUCUAUUGGACUGCUAUACAUCUU